AUGAAGCAAAGAUUUUCCUCAUUGGAUGUCAAGGUCAUCGCUCACGAAUUAUCUAAAAGUCUCGUAUCCCUUCGGGUUUACAACAUCUAUGACCUAUCUUCUAAAAUUCUCCUCUUCAAACUUGCGAAACCUGAAGUCAAGAAACAACUCCUUAUAGAUUCUGGCUUCCGAUGCCAUCUUACCGACUUUGCGCGAACAACUGCCGCCGCUCCCUCCGUCUUUGUCCAGAAGUUGCGCAAGGCCCUGAAGACCCGACGAGUCACCGCUGUUUCGCAAAUAGGUACUGAUCGCAUCAUCGAAUUCCAGUUUAGUGACGGUCAAUACAGACUAUACCUGGAAUUCUUUGCUGGAGGCAACGUCAUCUUAACAGACAAGGAGCUCAAUAUUCUAACGCUGUUACGACAUGUUCCCGAGGGAGAAGGCCAGGAGCCUCAACGCCCCGGUCUUACGUAUUCCCUAGAAAACAGACAGAACUAUGGCGGAGUUCCGGCUCUGACGAAGGAGCGUGUACGAAAUGCGCUCCAGACCAUUAUUCAAAGGGCCACUGUCUCGGCUGCAGCGGGUAAGAAGAUAAAGAGGAAGCCGGGCGAUGAGCUGAGAAGGGGGCUUGCUACCACCAUCAUGGAGCUACCUCCUAUAUUAGUCGACCACGCUAUGAAAGUCACAGGGUUUGAUUCGAGUGUACAACCGUCUACGGUAUUAGAAAACGAAGGACUCCUCGAUGAUCUACUGCGGUCACUUGGGGAAGCCCUCAAGGUCGUCCAUGGAGUGACCAGUUCCGACACUUGUAAAGGCUAUAUAUUAGCGAAAACGAGACCGGGCUUCGAUAAUAAGCCAUCAGGAGAGGCAGAUGAUGGCCAACAGCGGGAAGGUGCCCUACUAUACGAGGAUUUUCACCCGUUCCUACCACGCCAGUUUGAAGAGGAUCCUGUUUAUACAGUGCUUACUUUCGAAAACUUCAACGUAAUGGUAGAUGAGUUCUUUUCGUCCGUAGAGGGACGGCAGCUAGAGUCGAAGUUAAACGAGAGGGAAGCCGCCGCUAAGCGCAAACUAGAUGCGACCAAAGCUGAUCAUGCUAAGCGGAUCGAGGGCCUUCAAGCAGUUCAGCAACUUAACAUUCGGAAGGCCAAUACGAUAGAAGCUAAUGUCGAGAGAGUUCGAGAAGCUAUGGAUGCGGUGAAUGGUCUCAUACAACAAGGAAUGGACUGGGAAGAUAUUGGUAAGCUUAUCGACAGAGAACGUAAGCGAGGCAAUCCUGUAGCUUCCAUCAUUGUACUUCCUCUCAAGCUACACGAAAAUACUAUCACUGUACUCCUUGGUGAGGCGGAAGAAGAAGAUGAGGAUGAAGAUUAUGAGGCAUCCGAUGCUGACUCGGUCAGUUCGGAUGAUAGCGGUUACGCUGGCACGGAGGCAUCUGCGCGAAAGACUCAGGAAACCCGGCUAACAAUUGAUAUUGAUCUUGGUAUCUCUCCUUUCGCUAACGCAGGAGAAUAUUAUGGAGAGAGAAAGAAUGCCGCCGUGAAGGAGCAGAAAACAGUACUGCAAUCAGAGACUGCAUUGAAAAAUGCGGAGCAGAAAAUUGCUGCCGAGUUAAAGAAGGGACUGAAGCAGGAAAAACCAGUCUUGCAACCUAUUCGGAAGCAGCUCUGGUUCGAGAAAUUCAUAUGGUUUGUCUCGUCCGAUGGUUAUCUCGUUCUCGGCGGCAAAGAUGCCCAACAGAAUGAGAUGCUCUAUAGACGAUAUCUGAAGAAGGGCGACGUCUACGUGCACGCAGACCUUCACGGCGCACCAAGCAUAAUCAUAAAAAACAGUCCAAGCACACCUGAUGCACCUAUACCACCUUCAACUCUGUCACAAGCUGGGUCUUUGGCAGUCUGUGCCUCGUCUGCCUGGGACUCAAAGGCUGGUAUGGGUGCGUGGUGGGUGAAUGCGGACCAAGUUUCAAAGUCGGCGCCAACUGGGGAAUUCCUUGGUACUGGUAGCUUUAUGGUACGAGGAAAGAAGAAUUUCUUACCUCCCGCCCAACUGAUAUUGGGUCUUGGGUUGAUGUUUAGGAUAAGCGAGGAAAGCAAGGCCAAACAUGUUAAACACCGUCUUUAUGAUCUCCCGGAAACCCUACAGAACAAGUCAAGUUCAGACGCUACUAGUAGCAAAGCUAUAUCCGACUUCGCGAAAGAGUCGAGUGUAGAACAUGAUGAUGAGAGUGACUCGGAAGACAGCGCUAUAGAUAUCCAGGAGGAUACCGAGAGAAGAGAAAAUCCACUCCAACCUUCAGACAGAAAUGACGAUGAACAAGAGUCUCGGGAACAGGUUGAAGAAAGUCCGUCUCUUCAAGGAAUGAGUAAUUUAACAAUCUCCGAGGUACCUGGUACUACUCAUACUGCAGAGCUUCAAGAACAUGAAACUGGUGACGAACAAGAAGAUCUAGACGAGGUGGCGACGGAAGCUGAUUCUGCGCCUGUGACAACGGUAAACAGUCUGCCUCCCGAAACGUCGGGCAAGUCCACACCUCAACCUCAAAAGAAAGGCCAACAGCCUAAGCGAGGUCAAAAGGGCAAAGCUAAAAAGGCCGCUAAAUACAAGGAUCAAGAUGAAGAAGACCGCGCCGCGAUCGAAGCUUUGAUAGGCGCAGCAGCUGGAAAGCAGAAGGCCGAGGCCGAGGCGAAAGCAAAAGCCGAACGUGAAGCUCAACGAGCGGCUGCGCUUGAACGCCGCCGAGCACAGCACCAGCGCCAGCAACGCGAAACAGCUGAACAUGAGGAAGUCCGCAAGAUGAUGCUCGAAGAGGGCAUCGAGACUCUCGAUGCUAACGAGGCGGCUAACCUGACCCCUCUCGAUGCGCUUGUUGGAACCCCACUCCCCGGCGAUGAGAUUCUUGAUGCGAUUGCUGUGUGUGCGCCGUAUAGCGCGCUUGGCCGCUAUAAAUAUAAGGUCAAAAUGCAACCUGGUACGCAGAAAAAAGGCAAGGCCGUGAAAGAAAUCCUAGAUGCAUGGAAAGCAGCUUCUACGAAAAAAGGUGUCGUGGACGAGAAGAGCGAGGACAAGGAGAAGAUGUGGCCCCGCGAAGUAGAUCUUCUCAAGGCUCUCAAACCUGAAGAAGUCGUCAAUAUUGUGCCAGUUGGGAAACUAAGGGUUAUGCUUAGUGGAGGUGCUGGUGGAAGUGGGGGGGACGCAAGGGGGAAAGGUGGAAGUAAGGGUGGUAGUGCAAACCGUGGCAAGAAGCGGUAG